ACAAAUUAUAUAUUUUGGCUCUUUUUUUAUUCGUGUAGUUUAACGUUUCGCAGCUCUAUAUAUAUGGGCUGUAGGUCAAAUCAUUCGAUGGUGUAUGUGAUUAUCUAAUUUGCAAACCGCAAAGCAGCAACAAUUAAUAAUAUCGAUGUUUAACAAAAUUUUAACAAGUAAAGGUAUAUAAAUAGAAGCAAAACAAAUACAUACAAACAGUCCGACAUGACUACGAUCGUCUAGUGACAAGAAAAGCAAUCAACAAGUCGAAUUAAAUUUUAACAAAUUAUCCGUUUCCGACCGUAGAACAAAAUCGAAACUUCCAUACACAUUGUAGAAAAAAAUAUUGAGAACAGGCUUAAGAACAUUUUAAUUUGGAUACCAUAACCAUUUGACUGUGUAGAUAUGUGCAUACGUAUAUAUUUCUAACCAAAAAAAUAAUAUAAAUAAAGAACAAAAACAGCAGUGUCGGCAUCUAUUUCUACGACGCAAUACCAAAAAAAGGAAGCAAUCGUCAGCAGAGGCAGCCAACGAUCGAUAUAUCGAUAGCUGGCGAUCAUACCUGAAACGCAUGACAAAAGGUGGCGCCGCAGUCGUAAACAGCGACAAGGACAACAAAAGCGCAUCGCGAAUAUUAUUAAAAGUCUUUUCGCUCCGUGACUGUCGCCAGUGCGGUGUUGUUGUUUUGUCGGAUUAACAACAACAACAGCCACAAUAAGACCGAACUGCUGUUGGUAAAAUGUCUGUAAGACUGUUAACCGUGCGACUGGUCAAACAUGGUCGCUACGUUUUGCGCAGCUAUUGGAAUCGUGAAAUACACUCCAACAUUUUGGAACAAAGCCAGUUAAAGACACGCAGCAAGCGAGGCUUUCCCCUAUCAUCCGUCAAUGUUUUGCGGAACUCAGCCGCGCCACAGCCGACGGUAAAUGUUGUGCCACGAUGCAAUCCGGCGUCCAGCGCGACGUCCAGUCCAGCGACCAGCGGACUCUUUCGCUUUGGCCAGCAUGCACGCAAGCUGUUCAUUGAUAAUAUACUGAGUCGAGUGACCACCAACUACUCUGAAGAGCUGCGUCAGCGUGCGACACGUAAACUAUUCUAUGGCGAUUCGGCACCAUUUUUUGCCCUAAUUGGCGUCAGUUUGGCCACCGGCUCGGGUGUGCUGAGCAAAGAGGAUGAACUGGAGGGCGUUUGCUGGGAGAUACGCGAGGCAGCUAGCCGCUUGCAGGCAGAUUGGAAUCGUGAUGAGAUAUCCGAGACGUUGACCAGCAAUUUCAAUAUCGAUCAACUGGAGGUGGGUCCGCCCAUAGCCAAAGGCUGUGCCGCUGUUGUUUAUGCGGCCAACUUCAAGGAGACUCCCGUUACCCAGCAGAGCCCCAAUACGUCCAGUGAUACAACAGCGCGUCCCACUGUGACCAAAGCAAUGCCAACCCCCCCGAGCUCCAGCUCGACAUGGAAUCAUGAAUUGAUGUCACCGCUACAGAAUAUGUCCCGUUUCGUUCACAAUUUCGGCGGCUCCGUUGACAACAUUUACAACUACAGUCAGCCAAGUGCUGCUGCAGCCUUUGUAGAUGGUCAGACUCAGAUGUCAAUGCAGCAACAAGAGGAGCAACAGCAACAGUCGCAGCAGCAGCAGCAGCAGCCGCUGUCAUCUGCUUACAGUCAGCCACAACAACCACAACAGCAACAACAAACUCAUGCAGAAAACGAAUCCAUUGAGCGAUAUCCCCUUGCCUUGAAGAUGAUGUUCAAUUAUGACAUACAAAGCAACGCCUUAUCCAUACUGCGCGCCAUGUAUAAGGAGACGGUGCCGGCACGUCAGCGUCGCAUGAACGCCAGCGCCGAGGAAUGGGAGAGGCUGUUGCAGCAUCAGACGGUUACGCUGCCACCGCAUCCGAAUGUCGUCUGUAUGUUCGGUUUCUUUUGUGAUGAGGUUCGCAACUUCCCCGACGGCCAUUUACUGUAUCCAAUUGCGCAGCCGCAGCGCAUCAAUCCGCAGGGCUAUGGCCGGAAUAUGUCGCUCUAUUUGCUAAUGAAGCGCUACGAUUAUAGCCUGCGCGGCCUUCUGGACACCACUGAGCUGAGCACGCGCACCAAAAUCCUGCUGUUGGCCCAAAUGCUGGAGGCCGUCACACAUCUCAGUCGCCAUGGCGUCGCCCAUCGUGAUCUUAAGUCCGACAAUGUCCUAAUCGAGCUGCAAUCAUCGUCGCCCCAUGAUCAGUCUGCAUCAUCAGCAGCGCCACUCCUGGUGCUAUCCGAUUUCGGCUGCUGCCUGGCAGACAAAGUGCAUGGACUGCGUUUGCCCUAUGCAGCCAACGAUAUAGACAAGGGUGGCAAUGCGGCGCUGAUGGCGCCUGAGAUCUUCAACACGCAGCCGGGACCGUUCGCCGUGCUCAACUACAGCAAGGCCGAUUUGUGGGCGUGCGGCGCCCUAGCCUACGAGAUCUUUGGCCAACCCAAUCCCUUCUAUUCGGCCAGCGCUGGCAUGGCUCGCGCCCAGGGUGAGCUCACGUAUUCGCUUCGGAAUAGCGACUAUCGACAUGAGCAGCUGCCGCCACUGUGCGAUGCCUGCCCGCCGCUUGUACAACAGCUCGUCUACAAUAUACUUAAUCCAAAUCCGUCGAAACGCGUCAGUCCCGACAUAGCGGCAAACGUGAUGCAACUGUUUCUCUGGGCGCCAUCCAAGUGGCUCAAGGCGGGCGGCAUGCCCAGCAGCCCUGAGAUCCUUCAGUGGCUUCUCUCCCUGACCACCAAGAUCAUGUGCGAGGGUCGUCCACAGAAUGGCAACAGGAGCAGCAGCAGCAAAGCCCCGUCCAGCGGUCGACAUGCCUAUGUAGAGUAUUUGCUUAUCUGCAGCUUUCUAGUGCGUGCGCGACUGCGUCGCAUUCGUGGCGCUCUCAAUUGGAUACAAAAUGUAGUCGCUGCGUAAAUCGUCGGCGCUCGAUUUAUACGGUAGAAUGGACAUAUUUAUUGAAAAGGAACGUUGUUUACAUCUUGUUAUUCGCCGCGAGGUGAACGAAAAAUCAAAAGAAAAA